AUGUCUCACAGCUACACCUCUACAAAUCGACAUGUGGAAAAUAGCAAAUCAGAGGGAGAGCUUUCAAUUAACAUUCGAAAAGCUACCAGUAUUGAGGAAUCCGCCCCGAAGAGGAAGCACGUCAGAAGCUGUAUUGUGUAUACAUGGGAUCACAAAUCUUCAAGUGCUUUCUGGGCUGGUAUGAAAGUACAACCAAUUUUAGCAGAUGAGGUCCAGACUUUUAAGGCUUUAAUAACUGUUCACAAGGUUUUACAAGAAGGACAUCCAUCGUCACUAAGAGAGGCCUUAGCAAACAGAAACUGGAUUGAUAGUCUAAAUAGAGGCCUGAACGGCGAAGGUAUUCGCGGAUACGGUCCUUUAAUUAGGGAUUACGUGACAUAUCUUCUCGCCAAGCUAAGCUUUCAUUCACAACACCCUGAUUUUAACGGCACAUUUGAGUACGAAGACUAUAUUAGCUUAAAGGGAAUCAAUGACCCAAACGAAGGAUACGAAACUAUUUCCAACCUAAUGGCACUUCAAGAUAAAAUUGAACAGUUUCAGAAACUCAUAUUUUCACAUUUUCGAAGUGGUGGAAACAAUGAAUGUAGAAUAUCUGCUUUAGUGCCUUUAGUUCAAGAAAGUUACGGCAUUUAUAAAUUUAUCACCAGUAUGCUUCGAGCAAUGCAUACCACUACCGGAGAUGACGAGGCUUUGGAGCCACUAAGAGUUCAAUAUGACGCUCAGCAUUACCGUUUAGUCAAAUUUUACUAUGAGUGCUCAAACCUCCGGUACUUAACUAGCUUAAUUACAGUGCCAACACUUCCCCAAGAGCCGCCCAACCUUUUAUCUGAAGAAGAAUCUGCUCCAUGUCUUCCUCAGCGGCCAACUCAGGAAGUUAGCAUUCAAAAAUCACCACAAAAUCCUAAGACAGAUGAACCUGACCAGAUAGGAGAGUUCUGGAAGAUAGAACAAGCGCGUCAGAAUAAGGAAUUUGAAGAGCAACAGAGGGCUUUUGAAGAGCAUCAGGCUCAGCAGUUUUACAAUCAACAGCAAGCUGCAAUGCAAGCGCAACGAGAAUUUGAAGGACAGCAAAUAAUGUUAGCAGAGCAGCAAAGACAGGACCAGGAGGCAUUGUUAUCUCAACAAUUACAGCAACAGACACAAGGUCGUAUGGCCAUGUUAGAACAAGAAAACCUCGAUGCAAGAGCUCAAUAUGCUCGAGAUCAAUUAAUGCUACAGCAAUACGACAUGAAAAUUAAGGCUCUUGAGAGUGAACUAGGCCAAUUUCAAACUAAUUAUGAGCAGCAGAUCGGUAACAAAGACGAGCAGAUACGGGCACUACAGCAACAGCUUAAUACCUGGCGAACAAAAUAUGAAGCUCUUGCAAAGUUGUAUUCGCAGCUUCGCCAUGAGCAUCUUGACCUACUCCAAAAAUUUAAAUCAGCACAAUUGAAAGCAGCAUCAGCCCAGGAAGCAAUAGACAAACGCGAGAAACUUGAGCGCGAUAUAAAAACCAAAAACCUUGAGCUAGCUGAUAUAAUAAGGGAGCGUGAUAGGGCUUUGCUUGAGAAAGACCGGAUCGCUGGUGGUAGCCGAGAAGAACUCGAAAAACUAAAGAGAGAAUUGAGAAUGGCCAUUGAUCGUGCCGAAAAUGUCGAACGAAAAAAAGAGGAAGAGCUAUCUUUUAUGCUCUCAAAGUACAAGCGAGAGAUGGCAGAUCUCGAAGAAAACCUUCAUAAAAAAUCUCAAGAUCUUGAAGAUCUUCACCAAAAAUUUAAUGAAGGUGGCUUAGACGCAGAGCGUCUACUACGAGAGAAAGAAGAUGAAUUAGAAGUUUACAAGCAAAGCCUUGACGAUACUCUCAUAAAACUUAAUGAGCUCGAGAUUUCGACCGGUGCAACUGACCAGGCCUUAGACGGAGAGAUUGACGCCAUGCUUCUUGCAAAUAUCGGUAAGAUCAACGAUAUGAUAGACUCUGUCCUACAGAGUGGUGUUCAGCGUGUCGACGAUGCAAUUUACGAGCUUGACUCGUCGAUGCAAGCUGGUAAUCAAAAUGCAACACCUUCUUAUGUUCUCUCACAAAUUGAAAAGGCCUCUUCAAGUGCAAUGGAGUUUGCUACAUCCUUUAACAACUUUAUUGCGGAUGGGCCCAACAGUACCCAUACUGAAAUUAUUCGUACCAUAAAUGUCUUUUCCAGUUCUAUUGCUGAUGUACUGAGUAAUACAAAAGGUCUAACCAGGCUUGCCGCAGAUGAAAAUAAGUCAGACCAACUGACAAAUGGAGCACGACAAUCAGCUCUCUCUACCGUUAAAUUUUUUCGUAGCCUUCAAAGCUUUCGUCUGGAUGGUAUGGAUGAUGAGCAGAAAACUGACGUUGUCAUUAACAACAACAAUGAUGUAUUAAUUAACUUACAAAAGCUAAGUAAAAUUGUUGAAUCAUUAUCUCCGAACGGCGCAAAACUAGCAAAUAAUAAGGGAGAUUUAAGCGAUCUUGUCGAUUCUGAAUUAACUAAAGCAGCAGAUGCUAUUUGUGCCGCUGCAGACCGUCUAGCAAAGCUGAAAUCAAAGCCUACAGAAGGAUACUCUACUUAUGAACUACUAAUUCAUGAAUCAAUUCUCGAUGCCGCCAUUGCUGUGACAAAUUCUAUAGGUAAACUAAUUAAAGCAGCAACCAUCACCCAACAAGAGAUUGUCCAUGCUGGGCGCGGAACUUCUUCCAAAAGUACAUUUUAUAAGAAGAACAACAGAUGGACUGAGGGUCUGAUCUCAGCAGCCAAAGCUGUAGCCUCCUCUACUAACGUAUUAAUUGAAACUGCGGAUGGUGUCCUAUCAGGACGGAAUAGUCCUGAGCAGCUUAUAGUAGCUUCAAAUAAUGUUGCCGCAUCUACUGCUCAGCUUGUGGCGGCGAGUCGUGUCAAAGCAGGCUUUAUGAGCAAGAGCCAAGAAUCACUAGAGCAAGCAAGUAAGGCUGUCGGUGUGGCCUGUAGAGAUCUCGUGCGCCAAGUCCAAAGUAUGAUAAAAGACCGAGAUAAUGAGGAUGAAGUAGUCGAUUACGGCAAGCUAGGAGCUCAUGAAUUUAAAGUCAGGGAGAUGGAGCAACAGGUCGAAAUUCUCCAGCUUGAGAAUAAUUUAGCUGCUGCCAGGCAGAGACUUGGUCAAAUGAGAAAAGUAUCAUACCAGGAAUAA